UUCGUCCUUGACCUCUAUUAUAUUAUUGUUUCUCCCCGGGACAAGUGUCUUUCACAUCCUAAGCCAUGUUUCCCUUCGGAACGAAGGGCACAGUCGCCCCUAAGGCAAGGGAGGACCGUGACGCUAUACAGUACGCAAGCUAUUCCGCGCGCAAAGUCGCAAACCACGGUCCGCCUCCUUUACGAACUUACGCUGGGGAAAAGGCGGCCUAUGACUUUACAGCUGGCGCAGAGGAUAAGAAUAUCGCUGCCUCCGAAGAUACAAAGGGUCGUGGAAGGUUCUUCACGACGUCAACAGGUUUAUGGCAGCGGCCAUCCGUGGCGAGUCCUGCUUCAACGUCAUCCACCGGCGGUGGCAGUCAGUGGCCCGAAGCAAGUGCGGUGCAGUACCCUCAGCCUUCACCUGGAUACGAAUCUCAAGCAACUUUAUUCAAGAAGCGCAUUCCUACCGGUCCUGCAGCUAUGGUAUCACACGAUACAAGGCCUAUUCAAUCUCUGCCUUCUGCGCAAGCGGACAGAUCGAGAGAUCCACGAUUGACCGCUACAGAUAUCGCGCCUGAUACUGCUUUGAAACCUGUUGAAACGCCCGAAAAACCAUUAGAUCCAAGACUUUACAGACCGAGCCCCUAUCCACCCUCGCAACCUACCCAGUCGCCUCGCGAUCUCCAUCUUCCCGCACUUGAACAAAGUAUCCCGUCAGCAGUACGAGAGUCAAACAUAUCUGCGCCUACCCUGCCCCUUCCGAUGGAAAGCACUCAGAGAGCGCCGCUAUGGUUUGGAAUUCCUUCGAAGCCUUCGACAACCUCGUCCGCAAAAAGCGACAAUAGUGCCCUCGAAAGGACGUCUGUCAAACCUAUUGCGGCAGAGAAAAGUCACGUUACAAAUCCGGCCGGCGACAUCAAUGGGCAGCAGUUGAAUCUGGAGGCGAUCGCGGCCAAGGAAGGAGGGGAACAGACCGCAAUGGGCGCUUCAAAAGACACCGAGCCUGCAGCCGAGAUGGUAGAUGUCAAACCAACACCCGAGGAACUUGAGAAAGCAAGCAGUGCCACGAUGCCCCAAGUAAGGGAUGAGGAUCGUUUGGAAGGAUGCGUUUCAUUCAGUCGUUCGGAGUUACCAGCCGAAUACUGGUCUAAAGAUGCGGUGGAACGGAGAGAUUGGCGUACCAAGUUGAGAGCUGAGCAAGAGAAGGAGCUGGAGAAGAUGGGGAGGAAGCUCAUGAAAGGCCACUGGAGAGAUGAUGGUGUUGCUUUUGAUUGGGUGUUGUCGCGAAAUAAUACUGGAACAAACGGCACAGUAAAGGAUAAUGAGGCGAGAGAGGUUGUUGAGGUCGCGGGGGCCACAAGCCCAAGAGCGGGCGAGCGAUAUAGCCAGUUCGAGGAAGAGGAUUUCAUCCCAUUAGAGACUCAAACGACAGCUCGAAAGUUUAUUGAGCCUGGCGAAAUCUCGGAGCGUGCACAGAAUAGUGCCACCGCCACUGACCCAACCGUCUCUGAUGUGGCUGAUGCCCUUCCGUCUUCCUCUCCUCAGAUGCAGCAACCUAAUCCAGGAUCUCAAUCCGGAGAAAAAGUUGGGUCGGCAUCUGCGAUCGCUCUUAUUUCGGCUCCCGCGAAACAUUCCAAGGCUGAAGCGAAAUGGGGUCCUCCGAUCAUCGGUAAACCUCCUGCUACGGGCCCUAUCAAUCGAAUCUAUAAAUAUGACAUCCCUGUUCCAAAAAUCAUGAAAGCGGGAGGUCGUUUCACGCCAGAAUUUCAAGUUUGGAAGCUCCGCCAUAGGGAUGAAGCUAGCUGUUUGGAUGCCAGGGGUUGCCCUACGCGCGAGGCCUUCCUCAACCACAACACUGCUGCCGACUGCGACAUUUUGUCAAUGAAGGUUGUCCCCAUAGACAUGAGUGACCCUGACAGCUGGCCGAUGACCAUGUUCCCAGAGCAAGUUUCGGUACCUAUUCCAGCAUCCGUCAAGCUAGGCAAAGAAUUCGAAGUUUGGUCGGCGAUGAUUUGUGAGAGGGUCUCGGAGCCUGAUUGGAAGGGAAGGCCUACAAGGUGGGUGAGAUCCUUACAUACGCCAUCGUCGACUGCCCAGUUCAAAGUCAAAUGGAGGGCGAAGACGAGGGAAGAGAUUGAAAGCUACAAUGGCCCAGCAAUCUUUCCCAGCCAGGCGUCCCUCUUGAAGCUCGGCCAAAAAACGGUGGAUAUAGUGAACAACUCCUCGAGCUCGAGCAUUGCGACUCCCAAAGCGGGAACGUCAGCAAAACUCAAUCAAAGCCUUUUGGAGCAACAGAAGAAGCGAAUGUCGAGUAUGCUGGAAGCAGAGGCGGCUGAGGCCGCAAAGAGUAAGAGAAGGACGUCGGAGUCGUACUUUGAGAGGGAGUGGGAUCGUGGGAAGAGGCCUGGAUCGCCAGCAUUCAAGGAGGGAAGGUUAAGUAAGAUGCAAAAGAAGGAUAAAGGGAUGGACAAGAGCCGAGAACGGGACAAGGAGAAGGAGCGGGAAAGGGAGCGAGAGAGAACGAGGGACCUAGACCGAGAGAGGGAAGUGGAGCGAGUGAGGGAAAGGGAACGAGAGAGGGAAAUGGAUAGGGAGGCAGAAGGAGAAAAGCGGGACACGGCUUUGCAGUUGAACAGUGAAAGACGUCAAUCCCCUCCGCAUUAUUCAAAGUCUUCUAGGACUGUUGUAUCAAACAGAAUCCUGGACUUAGCUGGUGCACCACCUCCUGAAUCAGCGAUGUCGCCUUCUGCUAAUGUUCCAGCUUUGCCUCAAGUUGUGCAAAGGGCAGACUCUGAGUCGUCCUUUGCCAGAUUUGAGGUAGAAGAUGUAAUGACAGAAUUGCAUGCUUCUGAGCCGACUCAUCUAAUUCCCGAGGCCUCUACUGCCGCUCCAUCUGUAGAUCAGCCUGACCGAAGCGUUGUCGCUCCGGGCUUGUUGCCAGCACCUUCCGCGGUCUCUCACGUAACAGACUCUCACACAUCAUCCCCUGUUCCAUCUGCUCCUCCUUUUGCUACGCAAUCCGUACCUGCCAUAUCCUCGCGUCUUCAAGAGCUCCGCAAAAAUGUCCGUCAGAAGAUGACGGAAAUAUCAAAAUGGACGCACUUGUUGGAAGAUUUCCCGGAUAUGGCGGAGACGGUGAACGUGCAGAUACAGAGAACGCAAGAUGAGAUCUUCAGGUUGCAUGAUGUUAUUAGAGAGGAGAAGGCGAAAUUGCAGGAUUGAACGGGGGUUUCAAGGAUGUGAGCGUUUAGUGACGACGAGGAAAAGUGGACAACACGUCCUUACACAUUACGACCUUUGUUUCAGACAAUUUUCAUUCAUUCAUUCAUGCUCAUCAUGAACGUCUCUUUCAGGAUCGCGAAUUAUUGUAUCAUUAGCGCAAUGAUCUCAUGCAUGGUUUGGUUGGUUGUCACCGUUCGUUCUGAUGGAA